CCCCAGCUCCUAUGUUCUUGCUUUUUCACUCUUCUUCCAUGAGGAAUAUCAAGAAAUUACCAUAUCUGAAAUGACCCCCACGCCCUUCUCCUUCACCGUUUCCCUCCUCGCCACCAUCAUCGUCUCGUUAACGACGGAAUCCGAUGUUGUUACCGCUCUGGGAUCGGCCUCCACGGUUGCUGUCACAUUCGGCACGGGAACCGUUUGUGGGAUUAUAGCUGGUGAUCCAACACAGAAAGUCCAGUGCUACCAAAAGGGACUCAUUGUGUCGGUAUUGCCGAACGUGUCGUUUGAGGCAAUCUCCGGUGGCAGAACCUUCUUUUGUGGCCUUAGAUCAGGUGGUUCCAGCAUCCACUGUUGGGAGACUCAAACUUUGGUGAAUUCAUCAAGUUUUAGGCCAAAACGUAUAUAUUCGAACUACGGAGUCCCGUUGACCGACUUGGCCGUGGGUGAUGAUCAUGUUUGUGCUAGAGAAGUCGGUUCGGGUAUUGCUAGAUGCUGGAGAGGAAAGGGCGGUUCGGCAUUUCCGUCACCCGGUAUCGGCUUAAAGUUUCGUGGAAUCACCUCAGGGAGUGGUUUUAGUUGUGGGAUUUUGAGGAAUGAUAGUAGAGUUAUCUGUUGGGGUGCUAAUAAGAUUGGAGUUGAAAUCCAAAGACAAUUUGGUAACUUGUCAAUGUCGAGUUUGGUCGCUGGAGAUUCACAUGCUUGUGGAUUGACUACGACAGAGUUCCUGGUUUGCAAAGGGAACAACGACACCGGACAACUCGAUGUCACUCGCGGUCAGGCUUUCGAAUUUUCCGGUCUUUCAUUGGGACGGAAUUUCAGCUGCGGUAUCAGAAGAAGAAACGGACUGGUUCUAUGCUGGGGAGGAGGUAAUACAAGUAGAGUGGCAGAUGUUUCAUUUGAGUCAAUUGUCGGUGGUUUGGAUUUCAUUUGCGGCUUGACAACAAGGAAUUUGACACUGAUCUGUUGGGGAAAUGGAUGGUUUAAUUCAGAAAAUGUUGUUCCUCUAGGAAUGGUGAUUCCAGGUCCAUGUGUUCAGAGUUCAUGUAAUUGUGGUACCUAUCUGAAUUCUGAGACAUUGUGUUAUGCUUCAGGGAACAUUUGCAAACCGUGUAGGACCGAGCUUCCGAUUCCGGUGCCAUUGACACCGAUACUACCACCUAGUCCAUCACAAGGAUCACUGCCAUUUUCUCAAUCGAGUAAAGGCAUCAACAAGCUUUCCUUGGCAUUUUUUAUCGUCGGAUCAAUCGGAGCUUUUGCAGGGAUUUGCACUAUCAUCUACAGUUCACACCAAGGACUAUAUCGGUUCUUGCUUUGCCGGACUCAUAAUCCGGUGCAACCGACGGUUGCUGAUGCAAACAUAGUGACCGCUGUUGUGGAUAACAAUGACUCCAUUGCCCCACCUUUGAGAUCAUUCUCCAUCAGGCGCAACAGUUCGAGGAGACUAGUACGGCAAAGAAGUGGAUCAUCAUCAUCAAAACAAGCAGAGAGAACCCAAAACUUUUCAUUCUCGGAGCUCGCGAAUGCUUCAAACAACUUCUCAAUCAAAAACCGGAUCGGUUCUGGCAGCUUUGGGGUUGUCUACAAAGGCAAACUUCAAGAUGGUCGUCAGGUCGCCAUUAAAAGAGGUGAAAGUGAAACAUCUGCUCACAAAGUGAAGAAGUUCCAAGAGAAAGAAACCGCAUUCGAGUCUGAAUUAGCUUUGUUAUCAAGGCUUCACCACAAACAUUUAGUCGGAUUAGUCGGAUUCUGCCACGAAAACGAUGAGAGGCUUCUGGUUUACGAGUACAUGAGCAACGGAUCGCUCUACGAUCAUCUGCAUAACAAGGACAACAUCAAAAAGUCGAGCAGCAUAGUGAAUUCCUGGAGAAUGAGGAUCAAAAUUGCAUUAGAUGCAGCAAGAGGGAUUCACUACCUCCAUAACUAUGCAAUGCCACCUAUAAUUCACAGAGACAUAAAGUCAUCCAAUAUACUAUUAGACGCGAAUUGGACAGCUAGAGUUUCGGAUUUCGGACUAUCACUAAUGGGACCUGAAUCUGAUCAAGAAUUUAUGUCAACCGGCGCAGUUGGGACAGUUGGGUACAUUGAUCCUGAAUACUACGUACUCAAUGUAUUGACACCCAAAAGCGAUAUUUAUGGUUUUGGUGUGGUAUUGUUAGAGCUUCUGACAGGGAAAAGAGCUGUUUUCAGAAACAAAGAUGGCAGCGGGCCAAUCGGGGUAUUCGAAUACGCCACCCCGAGGAUAUCAAAUGGGGAUCUCCGGACAGUGCUCGAUACGAGGAUCGGGGUUCCGGAGGCUCACGAGGCUGAGGCUGUGGAACUCAUGGCCCAUACAGCUAUAAAUUGUGUGAAUUUGGAGGGAAAAGAGAGGCCUAACAUGACAGACAUUGUUGCCAACUUGGAGAAAGCUCUAACACUCUGUGAGAAUAGCCCUGCUAGCCUCUCUUCUGCAACCAUGUCCCUUCCUUCGGAUUGAUUCUUCUUUUCAGUAGAAACCAAGAAUUUUCAUUCUUCUUCUUAUUAUUCUUUGACUGUAAAUGAAGGUGUUUUUGCAGAUCAAUUGUCCAUGUAACCUUGUUUUGGUUGUUUCAUAUCGCUAUUGCAGACGUAACAAAAACAAUGAUCCUAACUUCGUAUCGGUAAAUGACCGAGG